AAAACUGACGAUGCGCAGGGAGAGCCGACAACCCAACUCCAGGACCGUGACAUACAUAUGAGAACGAGAUGCGUAGCCCCGAUAUAAUGCUUCCAGUGUCAAAUAAGCGCAGUAUACCGGUGUUCCUAGGAAAGCUGUAAACGGGUGUUCUGUUUGUCGACAUUUGUGCACAGUCAUGUCGACCUGACAAGAUUUCCAACACGAUGUUAGGGCGGAGAGGAUUCGAACUUUUUCGACACUUGAGGUGCCGGGAUGGUGCCGAAAACUGCACGCAGAUGUGGCGACACUCCUCCUCACUAACGAAGGCUAACAUCAGCGAGGCGGUUAAUGAAAAGGUAGAGUCUCCUGCUUUGAAACCGGAGCAGAAGUCGAAUCCUUCAUUCUCAGACUUCCUCACCGAUACAUUCGGACGACAACACACGUACCUGCGUAUUUCCCUGACGGAGCGCUGCAACCUCCGAUGUCAGUACUGCAUGCCUCAGGAGGGGGUGCAGCUCUCCCCCAAGCAGAUGCUUCUGAGUACUGACGAGAUCCUAGCACUGUCCCAAAUGUUUGUCAAGGAGGGGAUCACCAAAAUCAGACUGACAGGGGGAGAGCCCACAGUCAGGAGGGACCUGGUCGAUAUCCUCAAGGGACUGGACAGCUUACGAUCUGAGGGUCUGAAGUCCAUUGCCAUGACAACCAAUGGAAUCACACUAUCCAGACGGUUGCCUCUGUACCAGGAUGCUGGUCUGGAUCAGCUGAACAUCAGUCUUGAUACUCUAGUACCUCCAAAGUUUGAAUUCAUCACUCGACGGAAAGGUUUUGAGAAAGUCCUGCAGGGUAUUGACAAGGCACUGGAGCUGGGAUAUGACCCAGUCAAGGUGAACUGUGUUGUGAUGAGGGGCCUAAAUGAGGAGGAGAUCUUGGACUUCGUGGAGUUCACACAACACAAGAAAGUGGACAUCCGCUUCAUUGAGUACAUGCCCUUCGGAGGCAACAAGUGGAACUUCAACAAGCUGGUGUCCUACCAGCAGAUGCUGGACAUCAUCAGGUCUCGGUGGCCAGACCUUGACCGGCUGUCUGACCAUGCUAAUGAUACGUCUAAAGCCUACAAAGUGCCUGGAUUUGCAGGACAGGUUGGGUUCAUUACAUCGAUGAGCGAGCAUUUCUGUGGCACAUGUAACAGACUCAGGAUGACUGCUGAUGGCAACCUCAAAGUGUGCCUCCACGGAGAGGCGGAGGUAUCUUUGCGAGAUGCUCUGAGGAACAAUACAUCAGAUGAGGAGAUGCUGGAGAUUAUCGGGGCAGCAGUCAAGAGGAAAAAGAAGCAGCAUGCAGGAAUGCUGAAUUUAUCCAAGAUGAAAAAUCGGCCGAUGAUACUGAUUGACCACAGUUCAGACACAAAUCAUUUUAACCAGCCAAACUCACGACCUACAGCUUCUUCUGUGAUACUGCCCAUGUUUAGAAGAGAACACUUUCAUAGACAUAAAUCAGGUUUUGUUCGUUUAUCGAGAGAUAUUUUACAUGUUGCAGUGGGAAAGGGGUCUCACUGCUCUAAUCAAAUCAGACUUUUUAGUGCCUUUCGUAAAACAUUUUCUUCAUAUGAUGAUGACAAUAUGAAAUAUUGGGAGGCUGACCUUAAAGAACGCAGGAAGGAACUGGAGGACGUCGACCUUGAGCCAAGCUCAGGAAACCAGUCUCAAUUAACACAUACUGAUGAGAAGGGCAGAGCGAUGAUGGUGGACGUUGGGUCUAAACCAGAUACUGAACGAAUUGCUUUAGCAGAAGGGAGAAUUGUUUUGGGAAAGGAGGUGUUUGAUCUUGUAAAGGAAAAUGGAAUUAAGAAAGGUGAUGUUCUGACAGUUUCACAAAUUGCAGGAAUAAUGGCAGCAAAGAAAACAGCCGACUUUAUUCCUCUGUGCCAUAACAUUCCUAUUUCAAAAGUUGAGCUGACGUUCACCCUCGAGGAAGAGGAAUACAGUGUUUUGAUCAGGUCGUCUGUGAAGACUCGAGGUCAGACAGGAGUUGAGAUGGAGGCCCUGGUGGCUGUCUCCAUGGCAGCGUUGACCAUCUAUGACAUGUGUAAAGCCGUCACUCACAACAUGGUGAUCAGCGACAUCAGACUUCUUAGCAAAACAGGGGGACAAAGGGGGGAUUAUUUCAAGGAAAAUUGACAUUUCCAGCCAUUAUCCUACCUCAUCUUUUGCAAGAGUUAUUUGGAUGUUAUAAUGUCAAAUAUUCCGAUGUAGAAGCCAUAAGAUUUCCAGGUCCCGUGAUGGGAUUCAAACUGAAGACUUUCUGUAGGACGAUGCCUCGUGGUCCACCUGACCAAAGAGGUUAACCCCAUCAACAAGCUGACAAGAUAAGUGUGUCCUCUGUGGGAUGACUCCAUGCCCUAUUACACUGACAAGGUAUAAUAUAACUGAAUUACUGUUUCCAAGAAGUGUUACCCAACUCCUUCACUCAGGCAUUCAUUGUCUAUUACUAUUUCUUUGUUAAUUGGCUGCACCUCAUAGAUUCUACAUGCCACAGAGGGUUGCAUAUUUAGUUAGAAAUAUACCCAGAAUAGGCAGCUCAAAUGUAUCAAAGCAAUAGCUAUGUUGAUGCUUUCUUUGAAAUUUGUUCACAGCAUCUUCCAUCCCCCCGAAAUAUAAAGUGAAACAAAUGUUCUUUAAAGCACCAAUCUCAUUAAAAUCAGAUUUUAGUUUUCGCUAUCGCUAAACAAAGAUCUGAAGACAUCCCAUUACAGGUCACGUCAGAAUGACCUUUCGCAAAUUUUGACAGACCAAUGAAAUGACUGAC